CGCAUGUAAGAGGUUCAACUUUCAUUCGACAACUUAUCUAGCAAUACACCCUGCAGUGAUGGGAUCACCACCUCGCGUGUACAAUGGCAUGCUCACCUCUCUCUACAACACUAUUCCUCCCUUGGCUGUCGACCAUCUCGAACAAGCGAUCUGGACAAAUCGAACCGGCAGAUAUGCAGAUGCCGUCUCCAUUUUCAUCACCCAUCUACACCCAUAUUUGGAUACCCCCGUGGUUCUCGAAGGGCUUGCAAACCUACACUUCUCGAACUUUCGAUAUAGGGACCUAUGCGAACUUCUAGAACCACGCCUGGAGCGUCAUCGGCUGGAAAACCCGGCAAAGCUGGAUGAACCGGAAUGGCGGCUCCUCACUUUGAUCUAUAGUGUCGGCGCGAAUCGAUGUCGAGGGAAUAUGGAACCUGCCAUUAGAGAGCUCAGACGUACUCAACAAUGGCUGAAAGACCUUUCUGUCUCGGAGUACAGUGAACUGCAUGUGCAGUGUGCGUGGAGAUACGUCAUUGCGUAUCUGAUGACGAGGCUCCAGACUGGACUCGAAGGCAAUAUGGACGACUACCACGCUAUUCCGCGGCCUAACAAUCCAUCUUCAACAACCCCUUGGGAGGGACUGGGUGACCUGCGGCGUGAGCUUGUCAAGCAAGGCAGAAUAAAAGAAGCGAAUGGUAUUUUCAGGCCUGAGCUCAACCGUGCGCCGCUGAAGGAACGGCUCGCUCUUGGUGAAGCAUUCAUCAAAGACCUCGAAGCCUGCGAUGAGCCCAAUCACAAGAAAUACAUGAUCGCUUCGGUGCGGUUACAGCUCACAACGGCAAUGGUCGAGGUCCAUGACCUGGAUAUGGCCAAGAAGCAGAUCAGACUGUGCAGCGAAGCUCUGGAUCAGUGGCAAGCUGAUGUGAGACUUGACGCCACACGUAUCGUCCCUCUACGACUUGAAAUCGAACAAGUGAAACUAGGCUUCAUUGCAGACCACGUAGAACGACUGCGUGCACUAGUCGACCUUGCUGACCGCAUGGGCGAGUACGGGCAUUCGUAUUACACGCGGUGUCUGGAUACGGCAGCUGAGACGGCCAACAAGGCUUCAGAAUUGACCGGAAAUCUUGAGUACAGAGCCACAUGUCUUGCCUUACGAGAGCGGCUCGAACGUGCGAACGAGGAAAUCACAGGAGAUCUUAUCGAUGUCGCGAUCCACGCUUACGAGGUGCAUAGUCUGGCUCAACACGCCCACGUCGAUGCGCAGAAGGCUGUUGAAUGGAUCGACGGAUUCCUAAAGAAAUACCCCGACUUCAAACCACCGCGAGUGAUGGAUUCGCUCUACACGCGUAAAGCCAUCCUCCUGCAAACACUACGAGACCUAGAAGGGUCUAAUGCUGCUGCUGCCGAAGCAGCGAAAUGGCAGAAGUUGGUUGGUAGCUGGGUUGGCGUCAACAAGAUGAAUCGUGGUAAUGUCAUUGCGCCCGGUGAUGGUGCUCUCGGAGAGGCGCCGUAUGAUUCCGAAGAGGAUAAUGAUGAUGGUGAGGGCUUUUUGAAUGGGUUUGGGGACACUGGAGUUCAGCGGACGAAUAUUAUUUUUGAGAGAAUGGCUGCGUUUGCGUUGCAAGAUGUUGCCGCUGGACGUUUGGCAGUGGCCGAUGUGGGUAUGGUUUUUGAUCUUCCGCAUGAUUCCCGGGACUCUGCCUCCCCGGAUGCUCAAGUUUCAGCGGCAGCAAAUUGGGUGAACAUCGACCUGGACAAGGAAUUAGCUGCUCUUCGAGAACAGGAUUCAGAACAACUAUUCCGAACACUAUGGAUGCCGCCCAGUCAAGAGGCCGAAGUCUCUAAAGCAGUAGCCCGAUACGAGUUCGUCAGGAAGUGGUUGCAGACGCCUGUCCGAGGCUCACGCGAUCGGCGCUUGAUGUGUCUAAUCUGGUUCUUAGACGUGAAUCAGCGGAUGGCAUCGGACGCCGGGUUCCGGCAGCUCUGCAUCAGGAGCUGUGAGAGCCUACUCAGCCUCUGGGAAUCGCUGCCGCGCAUGAUGAAGGAGUUCACAUCGUCAUGGCAGUGGUCGUGGCAUGCGAGUAUUGCGUGGAACUACUACACGCUCUUCCUGCAGGGCGGCCAGUGGACGCUGUUUGACAACUUUCAUUAUAUUAUCGAGAUUGACAGGCGGUGCGACCUUGCAAUUGACGGAUUCAGGAAGACCAAUCAGCAGGUCGGGAUGGCGAAUAUCGAGCGCUUACAGGGUCAGCUUGCCAUCAUCACGCUGCGACGUUUGACCAUAUACAAGACGCUUGCCGCGCAGGAUAACAGGUCGGAGUUCGAGGAAAAGGCGCUGGAGCUGUCUGUCGAACUAUUUGGUGACCUGGAGAAAUGCGAGGAGGGAAUUCCGGAGAUGCGACAAAUAGGUCUCAAGCUACUGACAGAGGUUGAUGAGAUCUUCUCGAACACCGAGCGCGAAGCCUCGUGGGAAGAGGGUCUCGAGGGCAUCGAAAAGCGUGCCGAACUCAACAAAAUGCAGAUGAACUACACAACCACACGCUAUGCCAUACGACUCUGGACAGACGGUGUAGAUCCAGGGAACUUCGACGACGAAAAUCGAACAGCGGUCUGGACCCUCACGCAAAAGUACAAGGCUAGGCUCCUGUCCCUUGCCAUCGGCAUGUACCGCCCCAACCCGCCCAGCCUCGUUCAACGCAUUCAGGCGUCAGAGGUCGAAGGUCCGGUUUAUCAGAAGAUGCUGGACCUGCAGCACCAGAUUGAUGAGGCUGAGCCCAAGGAUCGCUUUUUUAGGCGCAUGCGGCUGGAUGAGCAUCGUAAGAAGAUGAAAGGAGAGCAGUAUCCGCUGCUGAGACAGCUCAUUGCGCUGCGGGAGGGCACGCCGCUGAGCCUGGAUGAUCUGAACGAUAUUACGGAUCGACUCGGAGAGGAUGUUGUGUUGGUGGAUUGGUUCUACCUGGAUCCGUUCUUUGACCGUGGGAAACUUCUAUUACUGACGGCUCGAAAGGGCACUGUCCCGACGUUAGAUGUCCUAGACGUCGACGUCGCCGCGGUCGAGAAGUGGAAGAAAGAGCAUCUAGACUCCUCUUCCUGGUUUACGGCCAAUAACCGGAAACCCAAGCUCGCCAGCAAAGCGUCAAGAAGCGAAUAUAACGAGAUCUGUGGCAACAUCGUCAAACCCUUAGCAGAACGGACGAAAGAAGGUGACAUCAUCGUUCUCUGCCCCACAGACUUCCUCACCGGCAUGCCGCUCCAUGCCCUUAACGUCGACGGCGAAGCACUGAUUCGCCGCAACCCAUGUGUCUAUACUCAUAGCCACUCGCUCCUCCGCCCCUGCUCGUCGGCCGCGCAGUACGCAUCCGACACCGGCGCCCCGCUCAACCCCAAGUUCUUCUCCGGCAUCGCCGGCAUUGGCCAAGACGCCGUCAAGUUCGCAGCCGGUCGCGCCAGCGUGUCUCAGCUUGCGGAACAGCUCGGCGGGACAUCGCUGAAAGAUGAAUUAUCCACUAAAGAGAAUUUCCUGAGGCACGCGAAGGAGAGCAGAUUGCUGCAUGUCCAAACGCAUUGUAGCUGGGAUAGCAAGAAUCCGCUGGAUCACCAUAUCCAGUUCGAAACGCCCAUCCCCAACUCCAAUCCCAUUAUCAAACCUGGCGCCAAUGAAAACAGCAACACUGACGACACCGACAACACCAACCGGCGGAGCACCAUCGAGACUCUCUCAGCCCGCGAUGUCUUCGGGCUCAAGUUUCAGCAGGGCUCGCAUAUAAACGUCAUCGCGUGCUCAGGCGCUCUGACAGAUGUCAAAGCUGGAGAUGAGGUCAUGGGCCUAGUCCCUGCGCUGCUGUAUUCCGGGGCGAGCUCUGUGGUGAGUACACUGUGGCCUAUAUAUGAUAAGGUGGGCGCGAAGUUUUCGAGGGCUUUCUUUGAGAGAUUUGUUGAGCAGCAGGAAGAGGGAACAAAGUGGGUCAAUGUGGCCAAGGCGGUGCAGAGAGGUGUGUUGGAGCUGGAUCCGAAGCAGAUAGAGGGGUUGUUGACGUGGGCGCCGUUUGUGCUUAACGGGUUUUGGUUGUAUGCUGUAUUUAGCUGGGUGUGGUUGGAUGUUUCUUGCUGUACUCUGCACCUCUCACUACCCACUGUCGAGUCCUUGGUCAAUUUCUUACCGAUGGCUACUGCUAAGACGAAAUUUCUGUCAGUGGUUGACUAUUCACUAACAGAGGCGCUAGAUGUGCACUGCAUUACUUCAAAGUUGAAUAAUACACUCAUAUAUACGCAAAUCUGUAUACUCAACCCCAACCGCCCUCAUCCGGCCCCUUUCCAAUUGCGCUACCACGCUCGGAAGUUGACCAUGUUUAGCGACGCUUACGAACCGCUUGCUACCGCUCUUCGGCACUUCUUAGACUACCCUGGACACCUCCAUAUAGCACUCACUUUCUUCUACAAGAUUCUAUCCGGCAUGUAUUAUGCCCAGACUACCCACGGUAGUUUUAAGUAUGACAUAACCAAUCCGCUGGCUUAUCCCUAUAUCCUUCUACCACUGACAAAAGCGCAUUUCGGUACAAAUAGCGCCAGGGAUUGGAAAAAUUGGUACCGUAAUCUUAUGAGGGGGUGGAAAAUCCCCCAGGAUGUUAAAAAGGUCCUCAAUCACGUAGAAAUUGCUGGAUUGUGGCAAUACCUGCCCCAAAAAUGGUCCACUACUCACGGGGUCUUUAUAUGUCUGGAGGAAGUCAUGCCCUACGUAUCUCCAUCAACUGGCAAGCACGAGCUCGCAGUCUCCGGAAAGCACUUCCUCCUAAACUGUGCCCUCCUCGACCUUAACCCAACUCCAGCCCACCACGAAACCUUGCGCCUCCUCGUCGCGCCCCAGCCGACGAACAACCUAGCACACCAACCGAACCUCCUUCUGGAUCCGCUCCAAUCGAACGCAAGCAAAAUCCCAGAACUCAAUGCCGCCUUGAAGAAAUACCUCGAAUACCCAUACGCGAUGACAAACGCUCCAACACACCACCGCGUAGACAUAUUCUCGGACAACAGCUUCACCGGCGCCCACGGUGGCAACCUCGAGCCAAUCGAGUACCCACACGGCGCACCACUAGCCCGCGGUCCCCGCAGCGGAGCAAUCGCAAGCGUGCUUCGCCUCUUCAUCCGCAUGGGCGUCGAAAUUGCCCGUGUCUGGAUCCGCGUCCACGUGCCCACCCUCGCGCAGUUCUUCCGGGAACUCGAGGGCCCCCAGACUUCGCAGCCUCGAACUUUCGCGGCGCGUUCCCGACGGCAUGCCAAGCAUACGCAUUUGGCCAGUCUGGGGUUUGCGGUGUAUGAGGGGAUUUUGAGUGCGGCGACGGCAGGGGAAGCGGAUCCGCACGGGACGAUUCGUAAGGUGGACGAAAGGGUAUUUGAAAAGCCUGGAGAUAUGGAGGCGCGGAGGAGAAGUAGUACGAUUCGACUCAGGCUUUCUAGACAAGUUACGUCUCACUUAUCAUAUACUUUUGUUUGCUUCACCUAA